CGGCUCACACGCCCUUGCCCGGCCGUGCACUUGUCUUCGCGCUCGGGCCAGGCGCUGGGGCUCCGGCGGCGGCGGCCGUCUCUGGCCGGUCAAGGGGAGAAGAAAGGCAGUUCAGCCCCCUGCCAGCCAGGUGGUAAUCCAGCAGGACUGAAGGGGACAGGCCCUUUGGUGGUGGCUCAUCCGGGAGACCCCUGCACACCAGGGUCGGCACAGGAGCCCGGUCACUGAGCCAUGCUGGGCCCCGGGUGGCCUACAGCGAGCCCAACCCCGGCACCCACAUAGUCAUGAACAGCCACAGCCACAAUGGCUGUGGGGGGCGGCCGCUGGGCAGCGGGCUGGGUGCCCUGGGCAGAGACCCUUCGGAGCCCGAGGCCGGCCACCCCCCCCAGCCCCCACAUGGCCCGGGCCUCCAGGUGGUGGUGGCCAAGAGCGAGCCAGCCCGGCCCUCACCCGGCAGUCCCCGGGGGCAGCCCCAGGACCAAGAAGAGGAGGAAGACGAUGAAGAGGAUGAGGCAGGCAGGAGGAGGGACUUGGGGAAGACCCCAAACGUGGGCCACCGCCUGGGCCACCGGCGGGCGCUCUUCGAGAAGCGGAAGCGCCUCAGCGACUACGCCCUCAUCUUCGGCAUGUUUGGCAUUGUCGUCAUGGUGACCGAGACGGAGCUGUCCUGGGGGGUCUACACCAAGGAGUCCCUGUACUCGUUUGCACUGAAAUGCCUCAUCAGCCUCUCCACGGUCAUCCUGCUGGGCCUGGUGGUCCUCUACCACGCCAGGGAGAUCCAGCUGUUCAUGGUGGACAACGGGGCGGAUGACUGGCGCAUCGCCAUGACAUGCGAGCGCGUCUUCCUCAUCUCUCUGGAGCUGGCCGUGUGCGCCAUCCACCCGGUGCCGGGUCACUACCGCUUCACGUGGACGGCGCGGCUGGCCUUCACGUACGCGCCGUCGGCAGCCGAGGCUGACGUGGACGUGCUGCUGUCUGUCCCCAUGUUCCUGCGCCUCUACCUGUUGGGCCGCGUCAUGCUGCUGCACAGCAAGAUAUUCACAGAUGCCUCCAGCCGCAGCAUCGGCGCCCUCAACAAGGUCACCUUCAACACACGCUUUGUCAUGAAGACACUCAUGACCAUCUGCCCGGGCACGGUGCUGCUCGUCUUCAGCAUCUCCUCCUGGAUCGUCGCCGCCUGGACGGUGCGGGUCUGUGAGAGGUACCAUGACAAGCAGGAAGUGACCAGCAACUUUUUGGGGGCCAUGUGGCUCAUCUCCAUCACCUUCCUCUCCAUCGGCUAUGGCGACAUGGUGCCCCACACCUACUGCGGGAAGGGCGUGUGCCUGCUCACUGGCAUCAUGGGGGCCGGCUGCACAGCACUUGUGGUGGCCGUGGUGGCCCGGAAACUGGAGCUCACCAAGGCAGAGAAACACGUGCACAACUUCAUGAUGGACACUCAGCUCACCAAGCGGGUAAAAAAUGCCGCUGCUAACGUUCUCAGGGAGACGUGGCUCAUCUACAAACACACUAGGCUGGUGAAGAAGCCAGACCACGCCCGGGUUCGGAAACACCAGCGUAAGUUCCUCCAAGCCAUCCAUCAGCUCCGGAGUGUGAAGAUUGAGCAGGGGAAGCUGAAUGACCAGACCAACACUCUCGCCGACCUGGCCAAGACUCAGAAUGUCAUGUACGACCUCAUGUCCGAGCUGCACGCCCAGCACGAGGAGCUUGAGGCCCGCCUGGCUGCCCUCGAAAGCCGCCUGGAUGCGCUGGGCGCCUCCCUGCAGGCCCUGCCCGGCCUCAUCGCCCAAGCCAUACGCCCGCCACCCCCACCCCUGCCUCCCCGGCCUGGCCCCGGACCCCUGGACCAGGCAGCCCGGAGCCCCCCGUGCCGGUGGCCACCCAUGGCCCCUUCAGACUGCGGGUGACAACCCUGCCCACCACCAGACCCCUCAAUCUUGGCCAUCGUGUGGCCGCCACGUCCACGCCACCCAGGAAGCCCUGUACAGUGGUGCCUCUUGGAGUUCAAGGAGCCGAAGCUGAGUUGGGCUGAGUGGACCAGGGCCCUCCCCACCCAGACCGUCUGGGCAGAAGGCAGGGCCGGACCGCAGGCGAGGGCAGGGGUGGGCCACCACCCGUUUCCUCCCUGAAUGGAGCCGGGGGGAGCCAGGAGCUUCCUCUGGUCCCCUGGCCCCCUGGCUUUCCCCAGGCCCCCGGUGGGCACGGAGCAACCAGGAGAGGGGUCCUUGCCAGUUCUGAAUAAAGCAGGACCCACCCA